AUCACUGGGCUGUAUGCAUUUACUCCUUCACCAAUUCAGGAAGUUUUAAUUCAGACUGACUACGUGCUAGGCACUGUGAUCCCUGUAGGGGAGACCUGGGUGAAUAAAGCAGGUGUGAUUAAUUCCCUCUUGGAAGAGAGAGUCAAUAAUUAAGCAAACAAUAAACAGAUGAUAAAGGAAGCAACCUGAUUCCAACAGUUGAGAAUAAUCUGGAGAGGGGCAGGACAGAAAAGUUUCCCUGAGGUGAAACGUAAGCAUAAAGUGAGGCUGUGAGGGAUGAGAAGCCAAGAGAGAGGAGAGAGCGUAGGAGGUGAAUGGAGAGAGAAGGGUGUGGCUUGCGCUGGGGGCUCCAGGCAAAGCACUGGUACCUGAGCCUGCGAGAAAGCAAGCAAGAAGCUGGAUGGAAAACCAGAGAUUGGGGUUUUAAAGAAGCUAGAGUACCAGAGAAGACCUUUGAAGUGUGAAGAGAUUUUCUGUAAUUGAAACCAAAAUGUCAUUUAUAGAUCCUUAUCAGCACAUUAUAGUGGAGCACCAGUAUUCCCACAAGUUCACAGUAGUGGUGUUACGUGCCACCAAAGUGACAAAGGGGGCCUUCGGUGACAUGCUUGAUACCCCAGAUCCCUAUGUGGAACUUUUCAUCUCCUCAACCCCUGACAGCAGGAAGAGAACAAGACACUUCAAUAAUGACAUAAACCCAGUGUGGAAUGAGACCUUUGAAUUUAUUUUGGAUCCUAAUCAGGAAAAUGUUUUGGAGGUCACAUUAAUGGAUGCCAAUUAUGUCAUGGAUGAAACUCUAGGAACAGCAACAUUCCCCAUAUCCUCUAUCAGAGUGGGAGAGAAGAAAGAAGUUCCUUUUAUUUUCAACCAAGUCACUGAAAUGUUUCUGGAAAUGUCUCUUGAAGUUUGUUCAUCCCCAGACCUCCGAUUCAGUAUGGCUCUGUGUGAUCAGGAGAAGACUUUCAGACAACAGAGGAAAGAAAACAUAAAGGAAAACAUGAAGAAACUCCUGGGUCCAGAGAAGAGUAGAGGCCUGUAUUCUACGCGCGAUGUGCCUGUGGUGGCCAUACUGGGCUCAGGUGGAGGGUUCCGAGCCAUGGUCGGAUUCUCCGGUGUGAUGAAGGCACUAUAUGAAUCAGGAAUUUUGGACUGUGCUACUUACGUUGCUGGCCUUUCUGGCUCCACAUGGUACAUGUCAACCUUAUAUUCUCACCCCGAUUUUCCAGAGAAAGGGCCAGAGGAGAUUAAUGAAGAGCUAAUGAAAAAUGUUAGCCACAACCCCCUUUUACUUCUCACACCACAGAAAGUUAAGAGAUACAUUGAGUCUCUAUGGAAGAAGAAAAGCUCUGGGCAACCUGUCACCUUUACUGACAUCUUUGGGAUGUUAAUUGGAGAAACACUAAUUCACAAUAGAAUGAACACUACCUUGAGUAGUUUGAAGGAAAAAGUCAAUUCUGCACAAUGCCCUUUACCCCUUUUCACCUGUCUCCAUGUCAAACCUGAUGUUUCGGAGCUGAUGUUUGCAGAUUGGGUUGAAUUUAGUCCAUAUGAGAUUGGCAUGGCUAAAUAUGGUACUUUUAUGGCUCCUGACUUAUUUGGAAGCAAAUUUUUUAUGGGAACAGUUGUGAAGAAAUAUGAAGAAAACCCCUUGCAUUUCUUAAUGGGUGUCUGGGGCAGUGCGUUUUCUAUAUUGUUCAACAGAGUCUUGGGAGUUUCUGGCUCACAAAAUAAAGGUUCCACAAUGGAGGAAGAACUAGAAAAUAUUACAGCAGAGCAUAUUGUGAGUAAUGACAGCUCGGAUAGCGAUGAUGAAUCACAAGAACCCAAAGGCACUGAAAAUGAAGAUGCUAAAAGGGAAUAUCAAAAUGAUAACCAAGCAAGUUGGGUCCAUCGUAUGUUAAUGGCUUUGGUGAGUGAUUCAACUUUAUUCAAUACCAGAGAAGGACGUGCUGGGAAGGUACACAACUUCAUGUUGGGCUUGAAUCUCAAUACAUCCUAUCCAAUAUCUCCUCUGAAAGACUUUACCACACAGGAAUCGUUGGAUGAAGAUGAAUUGGAUACAGCUGUUGCAGAUCCUGAUGAAUUUGAGCAAAUAUAUGAGCCUCUGGAUGUCAAAAGUAAAAAGAUUCAUGUAGUGGACAGUGGCCUCACAUUUAACCUGCCAUACCCCUUGAUCCUGAGACCUCAGAGAGGAGUCGAUCUCAUUAUCUCCUUUGACUUUUCUGCACGACCAAGUGACUCUAGUCCUCCAUUCAAGGAACUUCUACUUGCAGAAAAGUGGGCCAGAAUGAACAAGCUUCCAUUUCCAAAGAUUGAUCCCAAUGUGUUUGAUCGAGAAGGACUGAAGGAAUGCUAUGUCUUUAAACCCAAGAAUCCUGACGUUGAGAAAGAUUGCCCAACUAUCAUCCACUUUGUUCUGGCCAACAUCAACUUCAGAAAUUACAAGGCACCAGGUGUCCCAAGAGAAACUAAGGAAGAGAAAGAAAUAGCUGAUUUUGAUAUUUUUGAUGACCCCGAAUCACCAUUUUCAACCUUCAACUUUCAAUAUCCAAAUCAAGCAUUCAAAAGGCUGCAUGAUCUCAUGUACUUCAAUACCCUGAACAACAUUGAUGUGAUAAAGAACGCCAUAGUUGAAAGCAUUGAAUACAGAAGACAGAAUCCGUCUCGUUGCUCGGUUUCUCUUAGUAAUGUUGAAGCAAGACGAUUCUUCAACAAGGAAUUUCUAAGCAAACCUGCAGCAUAGUUUGUGUUGUGGAAAGGGUAGCAAUUUCUGAAGCUGAGGCAGUUUGAAAUGCCAUUACAACUGGAUUUGAAAACACAGUAUAGAUGUUAGUACUGAUCACAAGAGACUGGCUGAUACUCAAAGUUGAAGUUACUUAGCCGCGUGAGAAUUAUACUGUUAUAAAUUUGUUAGGUUGGCAGAUGAUGUGAUCAUGUAAAAUUAUGCUCAGCUACAUUCUCUGUCAGUAUGAAUUUCCUGAUGCAAAUGUAGGGACAUACACUGUUGCUAAGACAUUCCUCACCAACUAUGUUAUGUGUCCUCUUUUUAAAAAAUUGUUUUAAGAAUCUUUAACGGUUCAGUCUCAAUAAGUAAGAUUUCGCAUUGUGUGUAAAUGUUAUUCACUGACUGGAUUUAUUCAUACCACGAGACAACACUAUUUUUUAUUUAUAUUAUGCAUACAUACAUACAUGAAAUAAAUACAUCAAUAUGCAAUUAGCAUAA